GGUUGCGCCAAUCUUGUUACUUUUGCGCAGCCCACAGUCACAAUGCGUCUCUUCCUUCCCUCCUUUGCUCCACUGGUCCUUAUUUUUCUCUUCUCCACCACUCUGCUUCACUGCCAUGCUUUCUCUGCCCACCACAAUCACCCUCCUCGCAAUCUCCACCACCCUCGUUUCGCCGCUCACAACUACAGAGAUGCUCUCUCCAAAUCCAUUCUCUUUUUUGAAGGUCAGAGAUCGGGGAAGCUCCCUCCCAACCAGAGGAUGACUUGGAGGAGGGACUCUGGUCUCUCAGAUGGCUCUGCCUUGCACGUUGAUUUGGUUGGAGGGUACUACGAUGCAGGGGACAACGUCAAGUUUGGUUUUCCCAUGGCAUUCACCACCACCAUGCUUUCCUGGAGCGUCAUUGAGUUUGGGGGUCUAAUGAAAGGUGAGUUGCAGAAUGCCAGAGAGGCCAUUCGUUGGGCUACUGAUUAUCUUCUCAAAGCCACUGCACAUCCCGACACCAUCUAUGUUCAGGUGGGAGAUGCAAAGAAGGACCAUGCUUGUUGGGAGAGACCUGAAGAUAUGGAUACCCCAAGAAAUGUUUACAAGAUAGACAGGAACACCCCCGGCUCAGAAGUGGCCGCUGAAACUGCUGCUGCUCUUGCAGCUGCUUCUCUGGUUUUCAGAAGAAGCGACCCCAUGUACUCUAAAACUUUAAUCAGAAGAGCUAUUAGGGUGUUCCAGUUCGCUGAUAGAUACAGGGGAUCCUACAGCAACGGCUUGAAGCCCAUCGUGUGCCCUUUCUAUUGCUCUUACUCUGGCUACCAGGAUGAGCUAUUGUGGGGUGCUGCUUGGCUGCACAAGGCUACGAAGAACCCAAUGUUCCUACAUUACAUUCAAGUGAAUGGACAAACCCUUGGGGCUGCGGAGUUCGACAACACCUUUGGGUGGGAUAACAAGCAUGCCGGAGCUAGGAUACUUCUAACCAAGGAAUUUCUAGUUGAAAGGGUCCAAUCCCUGCAUGAAUACAAGGGUCAUGCAGACAAUUUCAUCUGUUCUCUCGUUCCCGGAGCCUCUUUUUCUCCUACCCAAUAUACACCUGGUGGGCUUCUGUUCAAGAUGAGUGAUAGCAACAUGCAGUAUGUGACAUCCUCUUCUUUCUUACUCUUAACCUAUGCCAAAUACUUGACCUCGUCCCACAUGGUCGUCAACUGUGGCGGAAUCGCCGUGACCCCCGGCAGACUUCGAGCAAUAGCCAAGAAACAGGUGGAUUACUUGCUCGGCGACAACCCCUUGAAGAUGUCGUACAUGGUGGGGUAUGGUCCAAGGUACCCACGAAGGAUUCACCACAGGGGAUCAUCCCUACCGUCGAUCUCAGUACAUCCGGGAAAGAUCCAAUGCUCGGCAGGCUUCAGUGUGAUGAAGUCGCAAUCUCCGAACCCAAACAUUCUGGUCGGAGCCGUUGUGGGCGGGCCCGACCUCCAUGAUAGGUUCCCAGAUGAGCGGUCAGAUUACGAGCAAUCAGAGCCAGCCACUUACAUCAACGCACCCCUGGUGGGAGCACUGGCUUAUCUUGCUCACUCAUUUGGCCAACUCUAAGCUAGAAACUAUAAACUAUGAACUUUUGAGUCGUUUCUUUGUGUUGUUAUUAUCAGUGUUGUGAGUUGAUUUUGGGUAGUCGCAUUCCUUGGGAGUGCACGAGGUAGUUAGAGGGCAGAGAGUCGCCAGCUAAGAGCGCUAGCCCCAAGCCUCGAAGCACAUUGGUGUAGAUUUGGAACAUAGAGAUAGGAUGGCUUUUAUAGCUUUACGGUGUCAUAGUUUGGUGUACCUGGUCUUGAGUUUAGCCGUUUAGCUUUGUUGCCGUGGGGCAUAUUUUAAUGUUUGGCGCCAGAAACGGCCAUUUGUGUGCAAGGAUGUGAUAUUCUUCUAUGGUUAAUGCAAAUUGUAAUAUGCUUAACGUACU